UCGAAAAUUCUAAUCAUCAGAAAAUUUAAAAUAAUUUGAAAAUGUUAGUCAGUCUAAAAGAAAUCGUGACAAAGUAAUCAUGUAUAAAUCAAAGAUAGUGAAUACAAUCCAAGCGAUCAUUUCUAAUUUUCCGGAUGGUCUACAAAUCGAAAAAUUAGAUGAUGAAUAUGAAAUGUGGACACAAAAAUCAAUUCCAUAUCUCAAAAUGGGUUUUCACAGUUUAUACGAUUUAAUAAGGGCAUGUCCUGAAAUAAAAACCACUAAAAAUAAGCAGAACGAGACUGUUUAUACUAUAGUACCGAUUAAUAAUUCAUCAUCUAAAGAUGAAUUUUCUAGAUUCGAGAAAAAGAAUACCAGAAGCGAAAGAAGAUUUAUGCCUUAUAGAAGACCGCGAACAUCUGUGCCUCGUAGAUCAGGGACUCCAGUGAAUUUCGAUUCCUCUGCGAAAGAUUCUUCUCGAUCGAAUUCUUCUUUUCGUCCAAGUUCAGCUUCAUCGAUACGCACCACGUCAUCUUACAAAAGUAAAAAUUCGAGAGGUCCUCAAAUUACAAUUAAUCCACAGAAAAAAAUGGACAAUGUUAAUGAACCAAUUUUGAAUGGUCAACAAUUGAUUGGCGACGAUUUUUUCCUUCAAAUUGCAAUCAAAACAUUGGAUUCAAAACUUUAUAGAAAGUCAGAAAAUGCUCCAUUAUAUAGCGGUUUAUGCGUCUCUGGACAAUCAAUUAGAGCUUGUACAAGAAGACUUAAAACCAUAGAGACAAUUUCGAAUAAAGUGACAAUAAUGUUAGGAUCUGUCGAUAUUUACGAGGGAAGAGAUUUAAAACAAAUGAAAGAGGAUUAUUUGUUACUUCUCGAUACAUUGGAGGAGAAGUUUAAUCUACCAAAAUCGUCAAUAACAAUUGGAACAAUAGCACCAUUGGCCAAUGUAAAUUUUAGGACACAAUAUGAUGAAUACAGUACUCUAGUUUGCUUUAAUAAUUGGUUACGACAAUUAGUUGACAAUAGAUGUGACGAAUUAGGACAAAGAAAAUUUUACUACAAGAUCAUUGAUUUUCACAAGGAAUUAUCAACCGACAUUGAGGGAGUUAAUUAUGAUUAUUUUCAAAAUGACGGAAGAAAUGUUUCUGGUACGCGACACGCUUACGUUCUGCUAAAUCAAGUGGGACGAUCGAAAAUUGUCAGUCUUUUUUUUAUCAAAGCAUUAGAAAAUAAAAAUUAUUUUUCAACAAAAAAAAGUAAAAUUUAUGAUGAGUUUUCAGAGGAAUUAAACUGGUUGUAAUUGACAAAAAACAAAUCAUAUUUUCCUCUUCUUUUUUUUCUUCAAAAAUCUUUUAAUUUUCUUUUGUAUCUUAAAUAUA